CCGCCUGCGGGAGCUGUGCCAGCGCUGGCUGGAGCCCCAGCGCCGCAGCAAGGAGCAGAUCCUGGAGCUGGUGGUGCUGGAGCAGUUCCUGGCCGUCCUGCCCCGGGAGAUGCGGAGCUGGGAGCGGGCGUGCAGCGUGGAGACCUGCGCCGAGGCCGUGAGGCUAGCCGAGGGGGUGCAGCUGGGGCAGGAGGAGGAGGAGGAGAAGCUCCAGGUCACAGUGUGUGUGAAGGUCAAAGAAGCUGAUUCUUGGCUGCAGCAGCCAAAGGCCCACUCUAGAGACGCGCCUCUGCAGGAGACAGGGCAGAGAGAGACCCCAGAGCCCCAGGAUGAGCUGCCUCUUGUGCCCAAAGAAGAGCUCCUGUCCUUCCAGGAGUCGGAUUCCCCCAAAACAGAGGAGAGCUGGGAGCGGUCAGCAGGUGGAAGCUCCUCGGGCUGGUGCCCCAGACAAGGCCCUUUCCCAGUAGCAGGUGCAGGGACCUUGAGUAGAGCUGAUCAGCAGCCUCCUGAGGAGGGGCCUGUAGACUGGGAGCUGCAGAGGACUUCCCCAGGGAGACUGGAAGAGAGGGGCUCCCUGACACCCGAGCCAGGCCAACUGCAGGAAAGGCAGGGCAAACCUCCAAAGCAGGGGGAGAGCAUGGAGCUCCAGCAGAUCUUUGAGGACAUGGCAGUGUACUUCACGCGGAAGGAGUGGGAGCUGCUGGGAGAUGAAGACAAGGUGCUUUACCGGGACCAGAUGCUGAGGAAUUUCCAUGCCCUCGUUUCCCUGGGAUAUGGAGGUCCCACACCUGACGUAAUCUGCCGCAUCCAGCGAGGGGAAGCGGACCUCUGGAUCUGCGAUGAUGAGAACCACGGGGGAAUCUUAAGGCCAGAGGACCUGUUGCCAGGUUCCUGUGACAUGAAGGACGCCUGGGACUUAUCAGCAGAAGAAAGCUCCACGGGCUCGUUCCCUACAUCAGAACUUUCCUUGGAAGCAGGAGGUGCCUGGCUGCUGAGCAGAGCUGAAGAGCAGCCUCCUGUGGAAGGGUCUGCAAAACUCAAGCCAGCACGGACUUCCCCGGGGAGUUUGGGUGAGCUGGAUGCCCUGAGACCUGAGAAGGACCAAUGGAACAAGAGCCAGGGGAGACCCCAAAAGCAGAAGGAGACUACAGCAGUGAAUCAGGUACCAUCUUCAGUUGGGUGUGAGAGUGGAGAUUGGACACAACCCAGUAAAAGCCCUGGGGGCAGGGAAGAAUUUAUGGAGCUGAGAGACAUGAAGAGCCACCAGACAGAGUUCCACUGGAGACAGACGCUAUAUCCAAAUGAAGCCAGUGGGGAGGGCCUCAGCGGGAAGCAGAAACUCACUGCCGAGAAAAGGGAGAGAGCCCACCCCUGCCCUGAAUGCAGGAAAACCUUUAACUGUCCAUCACUCCUGGCUUUGCACAAGAUGAGGCAUGCUGGGGAAAAGCCCCACGUAUGCACCAAGUGCAGGAAGAGCUUCACUUGCCUCUCGACCCUGGUUGCUCACCACAAGACCCAUUCUGGAGAGCUCCCCCAUUGCUUCACCAAGUGUGGGAAGAGCUUUGUGUACCCCAUAGACCUGGUCAAGCACCAGCACGCACAAAAGGGGAAGCGUCAGUACUGCUGUACCAAGUGCAGAAAGAGCUUCACCCUUUCCUCCAACCUGGCCCGGCACCGGCGUGUCCACACAGGGGAGAAGCCACAUCAGUGCUCUCUGUGUGGGAGGAGAUUCACCCAAUCCUGCCACCUGGCCCGGCACCAGCUCACUCAUACAGGGGAGAAGCCACAUCAAUGCUCUCUGUGUGGGAAGCGCUUCACCCUCUCCUCCAGCCUGACCCGGCACCAGCGCAUCCACACAGGGGAGAAGCCACAUGGGUGCUCUGAGUGCGGGAAGAGCUUCACCCAAGCCUCCCAUCUAGCUGACCACCAGCGCAUCCAUACAGGGGAGAAGCCACAUUUGUGCCCUGAAUGUGGGAAGAGCUUUAGCCAAUCUUCCCACCUGGCCCAGCACCAACGUAUCCACACAGGGGAGAAGCCACAUCGGUGCCCUGAGUGUGGGAAGAGCUUUAGCCACUCCUCCCACCUGGCCCAGCACCAGCUUAUACAUACGGGGGAGAAGCCACAUCAGUGCUGUGUGUGUGGGAAGGGCUUCACCCAGUCCUCCAGCCUGGCCCGACACCAGCGCAUCCACACAGGGGAGAAGCCACAUGGCUGCCUGGAGUGUGGGAAGAGCUUCACCCAGUCCUGCCACCUGGCCCGGCACCAGCUCCUCCACACCCAGGAGCAUCCAUAACUAAGCAGUGCAGGAAGGGCCUGGGGAUCUCUACUUGCUCUACAUGUUCAGGGCUGUAUUCAGGCAAUGCUGGUGCUGCAGAAAAAGUUGACCCAUGCUUCGGACCAUGUAGGGCAUCGCAGAUCCCAAAGGAUCCAGAUGUUGGCCCCCAAGGUCUGAUGGUGGGGAGGGGCUAAGAGAAAACGGCCAGGCCAGAUGCUAAGAAAACAUGUGAGGAGACGAUCUUUGCAUCAGCCUUGCAGUCUAAAAGUGGUCACUGCUGCCAGGUGAAGAAGUACCCUCCUAACGAGAUAUCUCUCCCCCCAAAGAUAGCCCUAACUUUCUAUGAACUGACUCCAAAUGACACCCAGGGACUAUCAUGGGACUUAUUCCAGCUUUGUCUUCCUGCUUGUUUCCCAGGCUCCGUGCAUUUGUGUACAGGCACCCGAGGUUACUAGUUGAUUGCCCUGAUUUCUCAGGAAGUGUGAGAACACCUCCCCUGUUGCCCCCUCC